AUGUCCACACCAACAGCACCUAACCUCGCCACGCCCCCGACUGGAAUCUAUUCACCAUUGUCAGCAUUCCCAAACAAGCCUCAACAGCCUACGGGAACCUUUUACAAUCCGCUGCAUUGGCCACGUCUUUUCAGCUACCAUAAGAGCCGUCUCGGUUUGCCAAACCCUGGCAAGUUUGAACGCUUGCAUGGCGAAGUAAAGGACACCUUUGUUACCAACUACCUUUUUGACGGUGCUCAAGCUAAUAUUGUCAAGGAAUUGUCGCCCAACUUUCAUGUACAGCACCAGUUCUCGUUGGGCUCUCAAGUGAUGCCUCCUAUGUACAAUUUCAUGUCCGGAUACAUGACUGAGAGGACGAUGAUCCAAGGCACGAUGGAUAAUGAUACCAAUCUCAAUGCUGUUGUGCGACACAUGUGGUCUAUGAACUCCCUUACAAAGAUCAUGGCUCAGCUUACGCAUAUGCCUGGUCACUCGAUGUUGCAAAUGGAGCACGAAUAUGCAGGCUCUGAUUAUAGCAUCAACCUUAAGGCUAUGAACCCCAACCCAAUGGAAUUCACUGGUUUGUACGUCGCCUCUUACUUGCAAUCUGUGUCAUCCAAGCUGGCCAUUGGUUCCGAAAUUGUCUUGCAGCGUCCUACACCUGAUAUGGAGGAGACCGCCAUGUCCUUGGUUGGUAAAUAUACUGGCAAUGAUUACAUUGCUACCGCUCAAUUCCAAGGUCUCGGUGCUAUCCAAGCCAGCUACUAUCAACGCAUCAAUGAAAAGGUCGACUUUGGUGUUGAGAUCAACUUGCUUAUGCAAGGUCAGAGGAGAGAGGGUGUUGCUACUGUUGGUGGCAAGUUCGACUUUAGACAAGCUACUUUCCGUGGCCAAAUUGACACUACUGGUCGCGUGUCGGCUGUUCUCGAAGAGAAGAUGGCUCCUGGCUUCUCUUUCCUCAUCAGUGGUGACUUGGAUCACAUGAAGGGCCAAAGCAAAUUCGGUGUUGGUAUCAUGUUGUCCGCUUAG